GGCAAUAACGUUUCCUCACAACUACCCUUUGUUUUCCUUUCCGUAUUUAUUUACUUUAUUUUAUCCAGAAGACCCACGUAGUUCCGCCUGUCAGUUUGUUCCGAACUGCCCUGUGAGGUGUGGUUUCAGUUUUUCCACCAGAUAAUAAUAAAAACAGCGAAAUAUAACAACACAAAAAGUCUUUAUCAAAUUUCCUCAUCGCAGAAAAUUGAUUUGCGAAGACCCUCCGUUUUCAUGAUCUGAUCGAAUCGGUUUCCUAUGGAACGGAUCGUCGGUGGUAAAUACAAGCUCGGCCGCAAGAUCGGCAGUGGAUCGUUCGGCGAAAUUUAUCUCGCUACGCAUAUCGAUACCUACGAGAUCGUAGCUGUUAAGAUCGAAAACAAUAAAACAAAGCAUCCGCAACUGCUGUAUGAGGCCAAAAUAUACCAUUUUCUUCAAGGGGGAAGUGGGAUUCCAACCAUAAAAUGGUCUGGCGUAGAUGGUGAGGACAAUUUACUUGUCCUUGAUUUGCUGGGACCAAGCCUUGAAGAUUUGUUUGUGUAUUGUGGGAGGAAAUUUUCACUGAAGACAGUCCUUAUGUUGGCUGAUCAAAUGCUGACAAGAAUAGAAUUUGUGCACUCUAAGGGAUUUCUGCAUAGAGAUAUAAAACCUGAUAACUUCCUAAUGGGUCUUGGUCGCAAAGCAAAUCAGGUUUACAUAAUUGAUUUUGGGCUUGCAAAAAGAUAUCGGGACUUAACAACUAAUCGCCACAUUCCUUAUAGGGAAAACAAAAACUUAACAGGGACAGCACGUUAUGCAAGUUGCAAUACCCAUCUUGGAAUUGAGCAAAGUCGGCGAGAUGAUCUGGAGUCACUUGGCUAUGUGCUUCUAUAUUUUCUAAGAGGAAGCCUUCCAUGGCAAGGUUUAAAAGCUGCUACAAAGAAGCAGAAAUAUGAUAAAAUAUGUGAGAAGAAGUUAUCAACCCCUAUUGAGGUACUAUGUAAAUCUCAUCCUGUGGAGUUUGCAUCAUACUUCCAUUACUGCCACUCAUUGACAUUUGAUCAGCGUCCUGAUUAUGGAUUCUUGAAGCGUCUGUUCCGUGAUUUAUUUGCUCGUGAAGGGUAUGAAUUUGAUUACAUAUUUGAUUGGACAAUCAUAAAGUACCAGCAGGCACAGAAAAGUAGAUCUCAACCUCGAUUCUCUCCAGCUCCUGGGGGUAGCACUAGUCAUGCAUUGGCAGGGGAUGCAGACAAUCAUCAAGGAGGCUUCAAUGCUUCUUAUUCAGCUGACAUGACAGAGCGUGUUAGAACUAGCAAUCCUACAGGUCCAGUUGUACGAAUGCAGUUUAAAUCAGUGGCAGGAAAGAAUUUGGUUUCUGAUAAUCCUGCUGACAAAAAUAUUUUCAGUGAUGCUCACAUGCCUUCCACCUCUGCACUUUCCCUUGCUGGGCCAUCAAAAAGAAACACCCAGAAACCCAUGUUGCCUAAUGAAGGCAACAAUCCUGGUCAUGGACAUGGAAACAAAGUUGGGCCUUCUGGUGGUUGGAUGUCAUCCUUGCAGCACAUUUCAUCAGCCAAAUGAUGAUGAUGAUGGAUUAUUUCCCAGAUGUGUUGCUUUAUUUAUGGUGGGAAAAGGGAGAUAAUUCAACAUAUACCUCUAGAUCCUAACCAGGUACAGGAAGCCUAAAUGUGCGGUCCGGGGAACACUGAAGAAAUAGGUUGCAAUAGAAGUAUUGGAAGAGAACUUCAAUUCCCCAGAAAUGUGCAUAGUAAAGUUGAAUGCUACUUUAAUUUCAACUCAAGAUUUUGAAAUCCAUCAGUGUCUUAGAAGGAGCAUGUAGCCCCUGCACUCAGUGGUAUCUCAUAAACUUAUGAAUAGACUGGUUAUGCAGAAAGGACUUUGCUGCCAGCAGUGCUUGGAAUCAUUGGAGCAGAUAAAGAUGAGUAUGUGGAAAGCCUUAUUAUUGAUGGUCAUG